AUGAGGACCCGGAACGGGACGAGGUCUCAUGAAAUUGCUCGUUUUUUUACGAUACGCUUACUUAUUCAAGAAUUAUUCAGUGAGGGAGCAACAAUGUUCAUGAUCGAUGUGACGAAUAUGGGCGGAAUGACGCUCAAUGCAAGUUUCAUUGUUGACUUCGGCACUAUCGACAACGAUGCAGCAUAUCUGGCGCACGGUAUGAGGUUACCGACCGGGGAUUGUACGUCGGAGAGUUUCGUCUUUUGA